AUGACUUCUUCAAACCCCCUUGUUCUCCAUGGCCGACAUUUUGGUCGAACUGUGUUUGCCCUGUGCAACUAUCCCGCUCUUCUUGCUGCCGGUAUACUACAACUGGAAGAAUUACAGGGUUCUCCCAUCGAAGAUUAUCUAGCAGAUGUUCAACGGGAACAUAGGGUUUUCACGAAUCUCAUCGAUUCAUAUCCUGGUCUUUUGGAUCGUCUGGUGAAGGGUGAGGAGGAGGAUAUCCUUCACAUGGGAGAAUUGCUGGGUAAAGGAGCUGCUGGUGCGCAAGGCAACAAUACCAAGACCCUUAAGUCUGCCGUUCUCGAAUGGCUUGUGCCCAGGGGACAGGCGGUCAUACCACCUCUCUCCCGGAAUAUCAAGUCUGACCCCAGAUUUAACCACGAGGUCACUGGUGCAUUGCUUUGCCCCGCAGGGCUUGACUGGUCAAACACAGAAACCAAGCAGAGCCUGAAGAGCAGUGAAACCGCGGUUUAUGGUGACCAGUGGCCCAUGUUUUUAUAUGCUGGUUUCAAACAUGUCUUUACAUCUCCAAGCUCAGUCGAUAGGGAGCCAAAGGCUAUGCAAUCUGGCAACGCUUACCUGCAUGGCAUGAAAUGUGUGACUCAAGGAUCACUAGCUUACGUUGCAAUGCAGAUUCGGUUUUCAUUAAGUUUGUCAUCUGUGUUUUUGCGUACAGACACAGUCAUGGACUCCAAAAACUUCUACCAUAGCAUUCUCAACUUGUUGGAGGAUCCCGAGGAAAGUGAGGAAGUGACUGACCUGAUGAUGUGGUGGAUGCGUCGGGUUUUUCCAAAUUCUUCUUCGUUGCAGCGCACUAUCAGCAAAAAUAGUGCACUGUCAAAGAUUCAGGAAAAAUGUGCUGCCUUGCAGGAACAAGCUACGGCGGAUGCCAAUUAA